AUGGGGUAUGAAGAAAGAAUCACUAAAUUCACAAUUCACAAUUAUUUAUAAUGUAUACACACGACACGGACACCUAUAAUUUACAGGUAGAUAAUACGUAAUUAAUACAUAACUCAGCUUCAUAUAAAUCAAAAUAAAUUAUUAGUGUACAGUAAUCCCAUAUAUAAUGACGAACCCAACCCCCCUACCUGAAUCGACUCGACCGUCUUCAAUAUCCGGAGACUGUAUCCGUUAAAAAGAAAACCCCCAGCAAACUAGUGUGUACUUAUGUCAGAUACGUCUACAAGAAAACGUAUACAGUAUUACUAAAAUUGGAAAUAUGGCACAAUGGAAAACAAGAUUUUUGCAACUAGUAAUCUCUGUUUUCAUUAUUGGCAUUUUCGGUUCAGCUACAGCUAGAUCACCAACAGAUCCGCUUUCAUGUGGCUGUUUACAGAAAGUGACCACGUGCUCAUCAGAUGAUGUGCUUAACAGAACAUGCAGUGAUCACGAGAGAACGCUCGUCUGUCUAAGAACAGAUGAUGCUCAGUGCCAGGAUCCUGACAACACAGCCAUGAUGACUACCUGGAAUAUACUGCAACAGUUACAAUCCAGGUGUAUUUCUACAGUGAUCAGCCAUGCGAACAACACGAAGGGCUGUUUAUAUAACGAAACAUGUGAACAGCGAGCAGCACUUGAACUGACGUGUAGAGACUCGAAUCUGGAACAAUGUGGAAAACCUCAAGGACCAUCGAAAACAUGCGGAAUUAUAUCACGAAUUGGCCAACUGAAUCUAAUUCUGGAUUUCUGCCCGACUUAUUCAACCUGUCUAGUUAAACGCUUCAAGAGUAAAGUUACAAAUGCUGAAGUGUUUUGUCGGGAUUACUUCACAGUGAGUAAUUGUAUGAUGAAAAAUGUCAAACCCUGUCAAAGUGAACAAAAGUUGCCGACUGACAUAAGAGAUGAAUUUGCAAAGUUCUGCCCAGAUGAUGGUAACUUCUACCCAGAUGGUACGUUCUACGCAGAUGGUACGUUCUACCCAGACGGUACGUUCUGCCCACAUGGUGAGUUCUGCCCAGAUGGUAUGUUCUACCCAGAUGGUAACUUCUACCCAGAUGGUACGUUCUGCCCACAUGGUGAGUUCUGCCCACAUGGUGAGUUCUGCCCACAUGGUGAGUUCUACCCAGAUGGUACGUUCUACCCAGAUGGUAAGUUCUACCCAGAUGGUACGUUCUGCCCACAUGGUGAGUUCUGCCCAGAUGGUAAGUUCUGCCCAGAUGGUACAUUCUACUCAGAUGGUAACUUCUACCCAGAUGGUACGUUCUGCCCAGAUAGAAAGUGCUGCCCACAUGGUACGUUCUGCCCACAUGGUGAGUUCUGCCCAGAUGGUACGUUCUACCCAGAUGGCAACUUCUACCCAGAUGGUACGUUCUGGCCACAUGACUUGUUCUGA